AGGUUAAAUUAAUAUCUGCAGUGCAUUUAUCCGUAAAAUUUCAAAAUUUAAAAUUUUCGCAAUGAGUAAUUUAACAAAAUCUGUACUUCGUUUCUGCAACGGUUUGAUUGCUGCCAACUCAAACAACGCAUUGAAAAAUGUUUUCGGUAAACGUGAUUUCACUCGCACGCUCUGGCACAUGUGCAAGAAUCCAGAAGCUUCUGGUGCCACCACCAAUGUCUUGAAUGUGCACAAGCCCAGCUUAAGCUGCAGCUGCGGUUGCGGUGGAGUAAAACAUUUGCACACCAAAGGCGAAAGGGAACUUGUGGAAUUCCUGACUGAAGAAAUAUUGGCGGAACGCAAAGCGCAAAAAAUCAAAACUAUUCCCACAACAAUAGAGGGAUUCAAUGUUAAGCUGGAUGGCGCCGAUGUUGAGUUAACCAAGACGAGUGAUAAGGAAAAAAUUGUCAUUAACUUCAAUGUCAACCACACUGUGGAUACUGAAGACGAACCUGAGUUGGACCCCAACGCGGAAAAGGCUGAAAUCGGUGAGAUGCGCAGUAAACCGCGUUUUGAAAUUGACAUCGUUAAGGGCAACACAACCCUUUCAUUCACAUGCUCCUUCUUGGAAGGUACUCCACAAGAGGGCGAAUACAAUGACAUUUUUGGCAUUGAUGAGAUAUGUAUCUACCAAGGUGAAUGGAACGAUAAGGUUUAUGCCGUGGCCGGUGAUGUGCUCGAUGGCUACCUUUAUGACUUGCUGAUGAACCUCUUGGAAGAGAAAGGUGUUAGCAAUGAAUUCGUUGAAAAACUCUCAGAUUUGGCUACUGCUUUCGAGCACAGUUCAUACAUCGGUUUGUUGGAAAGCCUUUCAAAGUUUACUUCUGGCAAAUAAAUGCUGCAUCUCUUCCAAUAAAUGCUGCACAGCGUUUAGUUACUAGUUCAUACAUCCCUAAGUGACAUAAAAUUUACGCUUAAAGUAUAAGAAUUAAUCGCAUGAAGUGCAAAUCGAAAAGGCAAACCAUAUUUUAUUUUCUGAAAGUGCAUUUUCGUGUUAUGUAACUGUUAUAGCGACAUUGUAGACCUUAAAUGUUUGCCAAUUUUUUUAUGUGGCCCAAUACAGUUUAAGUAUUGUUGAAUUGCUUUCUUUUUUUU